AUGGCUCACCGCAGGGAUCCUGAUGCUGAUGCCGAGCUUGCUCCCAGCAGCAGGAGGAGCCGACAGUCAGAAGCUGCGUACGUAGACGUGGCUGGUGCUGAGAGCUGGAGGAAAGAGGAGCAGGAGAAUGAAGCUGAGGAGGAGAAGGAGAAGGAGGAGAAGGAGAAGGAGAAGGAGAAGGAGAAGGAGGAGGAGAAAGAGAAGGAGAACAAGGAUGAGACGGAGACGGCUGAGAUGAGGAAGGGGAGGAACAAGGAGGAAGAGGCGGUGGUGGAGGAGAAUGGAGAUGCAGCGGAACUUUUGAUGGGGAUGGACUCCUUCCGAGGAGCGAGCUUGACUUUCACCCCCGAGCGAUCGCGUGUGAUGGACGCGAUGCUGAGCAGGACGGGAGCGAAGAGAAGUCAGACAUGGAGGAUGAGCGAUCAAACCAGCCCAGACCCUCCCGCCCUGCAGCCCCCCUGGUCGACAGCCUUGAAGACGGGAGGGGAUGGAGUCACGAGUGCGAGCGGGAGGAGCAGAGUCUGGUUUCGUGCUGGGAGGGAGGAGGAGGACGAGGAGGGAUCGAAUGCGGAGGACGGAGGGUCGGGCUUGCUUCAAGCUGAUGAUGCGGUACAGCAAGACCUGUUCAAGGACAUGGUCGGGACGGCGGCAGGAGACGCAGACAGCUCCAGUGCAUGGAGUGGGAGGAUGCGCAUGAAGGCCAGGACGAGCAAGCUCGCAAGGAGGGAGGUGGAGAACGACUUGAUGGAGUUCUGCGGGAUGUCUCCCAUCUCCCUCAGCAUGCGGUCCAUCUCGUCGCCCUUGUCUGUCUUCCCCUCUACGGCCAAGAAGUUCGCGGCUACAGGAGGAGGAGGAGGGAGGGAGGGAGAGGCCCUAGAACAUCCGGCUAUUCGGCCGUCCAAGAGGCUGUCGGAAAUACUCAACGGGGGCAGCGAAAGUUUCGAGGAGGAGGUGCAGCAAGUCAUUCGGAACGUGGAGAGAUACCGCAGCGAGAACGAGCUGAGCUCCAUCAACUGCAGCUUGAGCAAGGAGGAAGCCGCUUCCCUGCAUGAGAGCUUGCAGAAUCUCGGCAAGAGCAUCGACUCGAGCAUGCGCAACCUCGAGAAGGUUAUGAACCUCCAGGCGGCCCAGACGAGGCACGUGAGGGAGGAGAUCGAGCGGGUGAUCGACCAGCGGGUCGCCGAGGCUGAGACCAGCCAGCUCUAG